UAAAUGAUUGGGAUAAUGGGCCAGGAUUUAUCUAUAUCUGAUAUAUCUGAUCUGGACAUAGGACUUGUCAAACAAUAUGAAGACCACAUAAUAGACAUACAGCCUGAUGAACAUAAUCCAAAAUGGAAGGUCAACAUUGUUAUAUCUCAGGAUUUCUUGAAACCUUACAUAAGGCUUCGCACACGAAAAGGAGAACCGUUAGUAAAGGUCAGGAAUUCCAUAUCUCCUACCCUAGUAGACCUUACCGAUUUUACAGAGUUAUUCCUCGCAGGUGAAACUGAAAGCUUUCCAAAGCCAUCAUCUAAAGAUGAGUUGCGGGCCUUUGAUGAUCAGAUAUUUGUUACUGGUACAAGAUCUGUACAAGUCAGUUUAAAGAAAGUUAGUCGGACUAGAUCGAUUCCAGAUUUAUCUACAUUGAGAAAGAAGGCAAAAGCUCCUUGUAGGCCAAAGUUCUUUGAUAGACUUCUAAACACUGUCAAACUUUCCAAGAAAUCCAGAAGUAGCAGUACACUCAGUUCUCCUUCCAAACUUUAUGGCAGCAGCUUUGAUGAGGAUGAAGAAGCAGAUACUUUUAUAAAGGAGAAUGUUGUUAGUCAGAAUUCCAUUGAGGAAAUUACUCAAUUAGAUGUUGAUGGAUUUCAACUUCAUCUGUUAGAAGAAGGAAUUAAAAAUAAGGAACUUUUAAGUCAAACUUCAGAUGAAAAUCUACAUGAAUCUUCUAAAAAACUCAAGAGAAAAUCAAAAGAAAAAAGAUCCUCAAAAAGCAGAAAUUCAGAUAAAACUUUAAAGGAAGAAGAGAAAAGUUUUCCAGAGAAUAGAAACUCAGACUCUUCUGAAAAAAGUGUCAAACAAUCUGAAAACUCAGACUCUUCUGAAAAAAGUGUCAAACAAUCUGAAAACAAAACUGAAACAGAAACAGACAUUUGUAGUGAGGGAAAUCAGCGAGAGAGAAGUUUAUCUGAAGAAUCACAUACGACUCCAUAUAAAACAUUCGAACGAUCUCUUUCUACAGAAUCAUCCACUCAGUCUACACCCAGUUCUCCUCAAACCACUGGUAUAGUUAGGGACAGACUUGAGAGAUUCCGACGUUUAAAUGAGCGUGGAAACAGAGAUCCUAGAAUAAGACGUUCAAUGUCUGUACCAAACUCACCAGACCUUAAGAGAAUGAAUAUUUCAACAAGUGAUGAGCAUUGCAUUCUAUUUAAAAAAGUAGAGGAUAAAUUCAAAAAUGUUCCUAAUAAGUCUGAAGAGGAUCCUGAUCCAUACGGAGGUGUUAAAGUUCAACCUGGCUAUGUUAAAGCUUUAGUCAGUCAGAUAAAUAAAAAUAAGACAAAUAAAACUGAAGGUUUAAGUCUUUUAUCUGAAGAUGAAAAUAAGAUAAUUGAUUCAAAGAAUGUAAAUGGUGAUUGUAAUAGUAUUCAGAGUGAUGUGUCACACACAACUUUUAACAACGAAUCAGCUAGUAGUAGUAACAGGAACAGUUUAAAAUCCUCUGAUUGUGGAGGUACUUCUGAUACCACCUCUAGUGGGCAGGAUAAAACCGAGAAUGAAUCAGGAUUUGUUUCAGAAGGAAUAUGUAUGGAUGCUGAAAAGUUAUUUGACUCUAGUUGGUCAGAAUCUGAUGAGGAUUUCAUGUCUGACAGUGAUGACGGGUCUGUAAAACUAGAUGAAACAAGUAGUCCCACAACAGAAUCAGAUAAUAAAGGUUUCACUGACAGUACAGAAGUUUCUGGGCCUCCUAAAGACAAGAUACAGCAGAUUGUAGAGGAAUUAUUAUCUACUGAGAAAGCUUACGUAGAGAGACUGAAAUUAUUGGAUCAGACAUUUCAGUUUCGUGUUUUACAAGAAAACAAGAUCCACAAUUUUCUUCCGGAUGGAGUUAUACCUCAGAUGUUCUCUAAUGUACAGAGUAUUUAUCAGUUCCAUAAUGAUUUCUUAUUACCUCAGAUUAAAGAACGUGUUGAAGAGUGGUCUCCUGAAUCUAAAAUUGGUGACAUGAUGAAACAGUAUGCCCCACUGCUGAAAAUGUACACAGAAUAUGUAAAGAAUUUUGAUAAUGCUAUGAAUUUGAUAACAGUGUGGUCAGAAAAGUCACCCAAGUUUGCAUCAAUAGUAAAAGAAAUACAGAUGACCCCUGAAUGUGGUAGUUUAACACUUCAGCAUCAUAUGUUAGGACCAGUUCAGAGAAUUCCUCGUUAUGAAAUGUUGCUCAAAGAUUAUCUCAGACGUCUUCCAGAAGAUGCAGCAGACAGAGAAGAUGCUCAAGUUGCCCUAGAAUUGGUUACCACGGCAGCAUGUCAUUCUAAUGAAGCCAUGAAGAAGAUAGAUAGUUUUAAUAAAUUACUGGAGAUUAUGAGAAAGAUUGACACUAGUGAGAAUUUGAUAAGUCCCACUAGAGAACUUGUACGAGAAGGCCGAAUUAUUAAGAUAUCUGCUCGUGGUGGAGAAAGACUUGAAAGAUUCCUUUUUCUGUUUAAUGAUCUGAUGUUGAUUUGUUUUGAGCCAUUGUUGGGAAGUUACAAGAUUAAAUCACAGUUAGAAAUGGAUGGUAUGGAGAUUAUGGAACGCACUGAUAAAUGUCUACGUUGGAUAUUAGAAGGAGAGAGUAUAGAUAUUCCUAAUACAUUCUAUGUCAAAAGUAGACAAAAAAUAAUACAGUUCUUAGAUGAAAAUUCCAAUGGUGAGCCAUCAGGUUGGUGUGAGACUAUAAGAAAGACAAUUGAAAAAUAUAAACGACGCCAGUCUUUAAAAUCAACGGAAAUUCAAAGAAAUAGUAAAGGGAUGACUGAUGUAGAGUUAGGAAAAGUUGCUCCUAAAUGGAUCAAAGAUGACGAGGUCACAAUGUGUAUGAAAUGUACUGCUAAAUUUACAGCCAUUCGACGGCGUCACCACUGUAGAGCCUGUGGUGAUGUUGUUUGUGGCAGAUGCUCUUCCAAAAAAGUGCCUUUACGAUAUGACAACAAUCAUUUAAAUCGUGUCUGUGAUGACUGUUACCAUCUCCUGCGGAAUGAUGAGGAAGAACCAGUCACACCAACUCAUGAUAAAUCAAGCAAAAAGAAAAAUAUUUUACAGAUAAAUGCCAGUGACCCCUCAGUACUCUCAGGAUAUUUACAUUUAAGUACAGAUAAAGGGAAAAGUUGGCACAGGAGAUGGGUGGCAGUCCAUCAUAACUUUGUUAUGUAUACUUUUAAGGCUCACCAGGAUCCCUAUGCUAUUACAAGUUUACCCCUCCCUGGACAUGUGGUAGAAGAUGUAGAUAAAGUAGAACAUCUGGAUAGGGAGAAUUUAUUUAAGAUAUCACACAAAAGAACAAAUCUUUAUUUGUCAUCAGAGACCACAACAAGUAAAGAAAGAUGGAUGUUCGUAUUGUCCAAAGUUGUAAUGGCUGAAAUUCCUGAAGAUGUAGAAGACAUUUCUAAAAGGGACUCCUCCCAUUCAUCAUCUAGUAACGAAUUUUAUGAGAACACUGAAAGUGAACAGUCACAUUUAUAGCAGUAGUUAUGUUACAUAGUUUAUCAGGGGUGUUUUUAAAUGUUGGUUUUAUUGCGAACCAAAUGAUACUUUUCCACAGAUUCACUUGAAGGUUACCUGUUGAUUUAAACUUUUGCAAGUUCAUUUGUCCCAUUGAAUAAAUACAAUAUCUAUUGUUCUCUGUGUAGUUUAUUCACUGUGACCUUUAAAUUUCUUCUAAGAGAAAUCUAUCACUCAUUGAUUAAUUUACCUGAGUAAAAUAAUUAUCUUAUAAAUAGACAAAAUUACAUGUUUUGUACUCAGAAACUGCAUGUGAUGUCGCAUUUAUUCAAUAUUAAUAAUAUAUUUUCAAUCUGUUGAUUGUAAACAUUGAUUCAGUUGAUUUCUGACAAAACUUUAAACAUUGUUCCUACUAAAUUUUUUUUUUUUUUUUUGUGUUUGAAUUAAGGCCUUCUUAAAAGUAUUCUAUUACUAAACAGAACAAAUAAUGCAAAAAAUAGGAACAAUGCUAAAAAUGUUGUCAGAAAUCAACGUUUUAUGAUUAAAUCAGUGUUUAUAUUGAACAGAUUGAAAAUAUAUUAUUGAUAUUGUGUAAACACAACAUCACAUGCAGUUUUUGAGUAUAAAACAUGUAAUUUUGUCUAUUUAUAAGAUAUUUUUUUUACUCAGGUAAGUGAAUCAAUGAGUGAUAGAUUUCUCCUAGAAGAAAUUUAAAGGUCCCAGUGAAUAAACUACACAGAGAACAAUAGCUAUUGUAUUUAUUCAAUGGGACAAAAGAACUUGCAAAAGUUUAAAUCGACAGGUAACCUUCAAGUGAAUCUGUGGAAAAGCAUCAUUUGGUUCGCAAUAAAUUGUUAAAAAGAUUGAACUCAUGAUAUAGUAUGCUUGCAUUCUGAAUGAGAAGCAUCAUAGAUUGAAACGAGGACCACCUAUAUUUUAUAAAGAUCAUGAUCUCAUAAUUCAUUGACUAACUCUGUCUCAAACUUGUUAAUCAAAAUACUUAUAACUAUGAUACUUAAGAUUUUUCUAUUUUUACACAAGAAAAAUAUACCUAAACGUACAUCAAUUAUUUUAGAAGCAUAUAUGCUUUCUUUUGCCAUAGAAAUAGCCAGUGAUAAAUCAUCAAUAUAUAUAGAUCUUGUUUAAUGAGAAGAUUCUGUCACUAACAUGUAUGGGGACAUUUAUAGAGACUUUACUUAAUAUAAUAAUGACUCCGAAGAGAAUAUGGAGCAUAUAAUAAUGACUACGAAGAGAAUAUGGAGCCACGUCCUUCAAAAAAUAGAAAAUUGUUUAACGAAACACUAAAGGAAUAACCAGAGUCGUUGUGAAAAGGUCUGUUACUGUUAUUAGCUAUAUACUUAAUGUGAUACUCUUUUGUUGUUUUAUAGAUUAUUAUGUUUUGUUUUGUUGUUAUGAAAUAUUUUAGUGCUUUUAAACAUUAUUUUAUUAUAAUAAUUAUUAUCAUUAUAGUGUCAUUGGUUAUGAAGUAAAUUUUAAAAAUGUUAACGAUCUUAUUCAAGAUUUAAUGUUUAGAGACUUCUUCUAUCAUGAAUGUCCAGUUAAAUAGAAUGAAAUAGAUAAAGUUUAAGGUCUUUUGUUUUACAGAAGAAAUGGUACUGUUAAUAACUGUUUAAACUUUAGUCCAUACCGUGGAUUCAUUUAUUUUCGUGGAUUAAAGACAAAAUGUAUUUUCAUGUAUAUUUUAUUUCUUGGUUUUGCCAAAGUGUGCAUACAAGCCUAUAGCAAAUUCGUAUUUUGUUGAACAUUUACGAAUCGUGGUUGACCUUUUCCCACAAAAAUAGAUAUCUGACGAAUAAUAAUGAAUCCACAAAAUAUAAAGUCCAUCAAAUCCACAAUACUAUUAUAUAAAUGUUACAAGAGUUAUACCCCCUGAAUGGGAUGUCCUAUUUUAACUGAGUUAACAAUUUCUUCAUUUAUAUGUAUGAACAAGAACUUCACCAGUUAAUGAAAAUAUGUUUGUGACUGAAACAUUUAUACUGUAAAACAUUUGACCAUAAAUAAGGUAUGGAGCAUAAGACUUCAGUUAUUAUUCUUUGUCAUGUAUUUAAUUUGGCAAGAUAGAUAAGGUUAGGGCUUUCCCACAAAUGUUUGCAUGUGUUUAAUAUUUUCAAGGGAUUUAAUUAGUGAUUGAAUAAGUGGAAUAAAUAAAAACAGAUAAACUUGUACGGGUAGGGAAUUAGAUUGUUCAGGUUUAUCCGAAAUACUCCAUAAAUUUUUCAUAAAAUUCCCAUGAAAUAUAUUGCUGGAGGUUAAAGUUAUACAGUUACUUUUUCACACUUUUCCACAGAUAAAAUAGAAUUGCCUUUGAAUCUAUGAAUAUUUUGUAUUUUUCUGUUGUUUGUGACUCUAAAUCAAAACUUUUGUUGAUUGCUGAUGUCUGAAAUCACUAUGAUCCUCCAAAAUAAUACUGCCUUGCUAUAAAGACACUGAAAUGAUAAUUUUGUGUGUUGGAAGUCAUUUUCAUGAAAUUAUGAAACAAUAUAAAAGUGAACAUAGGAUUAUACAAAAUCUGCAUGAAUUUUAGUGAGAAAAUCUCUGCAAAGACUGAAAUUUGGCUUAAUAUGAGAUUUGUAUAUAAAUAAACUCCAUGUGUAACACUAAUUUAAUUAUUUUAUGAUGAAAAUUGCUUCAUAUUUCUAUUCAGAUCAAAUGAUCAAGAUCCCAAGAUGGCUGUAAAAGAUAUUAGGAUAGAGUUUAGUAGCUUAUAGUUGUCUAUCUCAAGUUAAAAAUCUUGUUUUUGGACAACUGCUUUGCAAAAUGUUGAUUCAAUUAGAGUAAAUGAAAGCAGUUGUUUUGUUAUAAAUUCUUGAAAAGAUGACAUGCUCAUAGGCAUAAUUUUGUCAUGUGACCAUGACGUCAACAAUGUUUUUUCAUGAUUUACUCCUUAAACAGAAUUUAGAAUUAAAUUAUAAGGAAUGACUGUAAUAUUUUUUCUGUCUAUUCGAUAUAACCUCAAAAAUGUGGUGCACACUUUUAAAUAACCCACUACGCAGUGUGCACCACAUUUUUGAUGUUAUUUCUUCAUAGACAGAAAAAAUAUUAGUCAUUCCUUAGAUAAUAUCUUUGCAACAACAUACAUGCUUUGGAGGAUCAUGGUAAAUUGAAGGCUCAUUAAGUUUAUAGUUAUUGUAUAAUGAAUGUAAUAUUGUUUUAUAUUUAUUUUUGUUACGGAGUUAAGUGCUCUUGAUGUACAUUGUGUUCACUAUUGUAAAUUAAUCUAUUGUGGUUUUUGUUCAGAAAUUUGUAUUUUUAUAGAUUUUAAUAAUUGUUUUAUUGCAUUGAGACCAAGCUGUUUUAUACAUGGCUUAUUACUUAUUUUGCAUCAUAAAAUAACAUAAUAGAAUGGAAAGUACAAAAUUUUAUUCAAAUUAUGCCUAAAUCAAGCAUUUAUCACAAUCGAAACAAAUUUAAUUUUUAAUUGAAAAUGAUAAAUAUAGAUUUUACCACUGCAUCGAGUGUGCUUGAUUAUUUCUCAACUUGAGACAUUUAAAUAUUUAAGAUUUGAAUGUAGAGAGCUAAGAAAUAUCUUAUUGCACACGAUUUGGUGUUGAAAUCUGUUUCUUUAAUGAUUUUAAACAAUCUGAAGGCAUCUAUGAUUUUAAACAAUCUGAAGGCAGAUACCAUCUUUUUUUUUCAAUGAUUUACAAAAAAGAUGUAUUCUUUCUAUGGAUGUCAUCAGGUAUGGUCGCCUUUUUUUUGACGACACAAAUGCAGACUCAAGAGGAAAGCAUCAACCAAACCAAUUAUAAGCCUAUUAUCAUAUUUACCAUCCAUUGACAACCCUUGAUUCAUCUAUUGUGUACAAAGACUGAUUGUAAACAUCAUAUCAUAAUAAUUGUUUAUAAACAUCAUCAACUAAUAAUGGUGCUAAAAUAAUACCAUGCUGAAAAAAUAUGGUUUCAAAAUAAAAAUAUUUGUAAUACAGAA